UGCUGAUGACAUAAUGUACAUAUGUGCUUCAGGCUGCUGAGGCCGCAGAACCACAUGCUUCGCAUUUACUGCAACAACAGCAAUACUGCACCACGCCACGUUCCCUUACUGACCACAUGCACUCAUCACAAUAAGGCAAUUAAAGGUUGCACUGACGCACAGAGGAUGCAGCUAAAGUUGUCCAGAUGAAGCACAUGAAAACCACAGUGAGCAAACUGCUAUAUAAGGUGGUGGGCUUGAUGCCCCAAAGAGACAGAAACAGGUUGACUUUGCCGCCAGCAUGAUGCACGCCUUGCACAAGCUGCUGCUUUUUCACCUUCUUGGACUUAACGCACUUGGGAGUGAAAUUAUAAAUGGCAAACGGGUCCCGGAGAAGUUAAUGCUGUAUAUGGCCUCAGUGCAGAACAGGACAGAGAGGCACAUAUGUGGCGGCUUCCUCAUCAGUGAAGACUUUGUGGUCACUGCUGCGCACUGCGACCGCCAGACACCUACAAGUGUUGUUCUCGGCACCCACAAUCUCAAGAAGGUUGAUAAUAAAACGAUGAGAUACGCUGUGAGGAGGUGCAAGCAUCCAUCUUUUGACAAUGAACGAUCUGGCAAUGACAUCAUGCUCCUCAAAUUGUCCAAGAAAGUUGAACUGGAUGAGAGAGUACAACCGAUUCCACUUCCAAAGACUAAGAUGAAAAUAAGAGAUAAAGCAAAGUGCCGUGUGGCUGGAUGGGGUUACAUGAGAACUGGUGGGAAAGCUGUUGAUGUGCUGCAAGAGGUGGACGUGCCUUUCAUCAACCUGGAGGUCUGUAAGGCAGAAUGGAGGAAAAUUCGAUUUGAACUUCCUAACACUGUCAUCUGUGCUGGUGGAUAUGACACAACCAAAGGAUUCUGUCAGGCCGAUUCUGGAGGUCCUCUGGUGUGCGGCGGGACGGCUGUUGGUGUCGUGUCUGUCAAGAAUUUUGCAUGCCUGUGUUGUGUUGUGUUGUCCUGGCUCCUCGGCUCUGGAAAGGUCUUCUGCUUUGCUUUAGGUCGGCUGACACAUGCUUUCUUUCUCAUCUCUUUGGAACUUGUUGUUUUUACUUGAAACAAGUAUAAAUAAAACUUUUAUUAUGGUAACACUUUAUAUUAAGACACACAUAUUCACUAUUAACUAGCUUUUUAUUAGCCUGCAUAUUAGUAGCAUAUUGGCUCUUUAUUAGUCGUUAUAAAACACUUAUUAAUAUGUGACCAUAUUCUACAACCUGUAGAGUUUUCCCUCAAUAACCUCCAGCUACAACUGUGCAUGACAGUAAGUUAGGAAGUUGUUUUACUUGAAUUACAGUCUUAAAAACUUAACCCUUAAUAACUCUGACCCCCAGAUAAAGCAUUAAUAAGUGCUUUAUAAUGACUAACAAAGAGCCAAUGUGACACUAAUGGUGAAUAUUAGUACCUUAAUGUAAACUGCGAUCAUUAUUAUUAUCACUGUAGAGAUAUUGUUGUGUUUAAGUCAGUGUUUGCUCUUUAUCUGAAAUGUAGAAAAAAAACUUCAGUGCCAAAUUUCAAACACAGUUUCCUGUGGUUGUAUUUUUCAUCAGAAGAUACAAACGAUUUUUCAGGAAAGGAAAUAGCUCAGGUUUCCUUUCCAAAAGGUAUUUUGACACAGAAUAUAUGAUUUCUGGUCUUAGUAAUGUAUUCAAUUCAAACUUGCAACACCUUAAAGCUGAGUGAUAAUGGUAACUGUGAGCUGUCAAUAAUGAAAGGAAGUUAAGUGACUAUGAGAACUCUGAUGCUCAGACCUGAAUCUGGAAACUGUGGUUUCUGUGGUUCAUCGCAGAAUUCAAAUGGCUGUUUCAGUGGGUUGUGUCAAGUAGAUCCACACCAAAGAAGACUGGUCUUGCAUCUGUGUUUUUCAUAUAUACAACUCAUUAAACUAAGGUUGACUUGAUGUGGCUGAGCAGUAUCCACAAGACAGUGGAGAGAGUGUGGGCAAGAAAGGACAUGCAGCAAAACACAACAGAAAAGCACUGCCAAAAACCGAAGCUGUUUCCAGGGGACCCUAAAAAGUGACGAACGUGGCCAGACACGGCUGGCAAACAAGAUAACGCAAAGAUAACUAAAGAUGUCAAGUUGUUGAGAAAGGCUGUGGCUGCAAGAUAAAAUAGAUUUGACCCCUCCAAGGCAGCAUGUCGAGCAUCCUGCUGGCAUUAAGCAUGUUCUGCACACAUUUCUGCUUUUUCAC